GCGCGCGCGCACCGUAUAAAUACGCUCCGGCGCAACGACAAGGCAUCAGUCGCUCGAUUGACUUCAUCCCAGACACAAACCAACCAAAACCAACCACAAAAAUGAAAUCGUUCAUCGUCCUCGCUCUCUUCGUGGCCGCCGCCGUCGCCGCCCCAGCUGGCCCCGACGCCGAUGCGCAGAUCCUCAAGCAAGACGUCGACAACAUCGGUGUCGAUGGAUACAGCUAUGGAUACGAGACCUCCAACGGCAUCAGCGCCCAGGAGCAGGGUCAGCUGAAGAACGCUGGCAGUGAGAACGAGGCCAUCGAGGUCCGCGGCCAGUUCUCCUACACCGGUGCCGACGGCGUCGUCUACACCGUCACCUACGUCGCCAACGAGAACGGCUUCCAGCCCCAGGGUGCCCACCUCCCCGUUGCCCCUUAAAUUACCCCUCUAGCCCCACACAUCUAGUCCAAAAAUACUCAACUUCCCAUUCCCUUUCUUUUCCCCUUGUUAAGACGCCCAAGCGAUCUGUGAUACGAUCCGUUGUUAAUAAAACAUUUUAAGUUUUAGUAAUUA